GUGGUGGUUUCCCAGGCCUGCCAGAAUGGCAGCGCCUGGGCCAUUCCCGCUGCUCGUGGAGGGGUCUUGGGGCCCCGACCCCCCGAAGACCUUGAUCAACAAGUUGCAAAUGUACUUCCAGAGUCAGAAGAAGUCUGGCGGAGGGGAGUGCGAGGUCAUCCAGCAGCCUGGGAGCCCGGCAAGCUUCUUGGUGCUCUUCUCUCCGGAGGACGUUCGGCAGAAUGUUCUGGAGAAAGGGAAUCAUGAGUUAGUGUGGCCAGGAACAGGGACAUUCAAGUUAACUGUCCGGUUGCCCGAAGACCCAGAUGAAGCCUCAGUCUCUAAGGAGGCAGUUCCAGAAAAGGAAUCCAAGACUAAAAAAGAUGCUGUAGAAAAAGAUACCAAAAAAUUUAUCAGUGAUCUUAUCCAAUCACUACAGCUACAGUUUGCCCCAAGACUUCUGGAAACAGCAAAUACUGUUAGGGUAGAAAACCAGAAUGAACAGAGUCUGAAGGAGAAAGUGGCCAUUUCUCCGGGGAAACAUUUUCUUUUGGAACACAGUGGUUUCCUGGAUGAUCUAAGGAAAGAGAACCCGGAGACGGAGAUUCAUUACGAUGCUGCCACUCAACACCUGUGCUUUAAGGGAUCUCGUGUAGAUGUGUAUAAAGUAAAGUGUGACAUCCAGGAAAAGGUGUAUUCCAUGCCUCAGAAAGACGUCCCGAUUCCUUCUGAACUCUUCAUGUUUCUGCAGCAAGUAGACAGUCAGGAAUUCUCCAAGACUCUUUUUGAAGCACAGAAAAUUCUUGCCAUGUAUGAGCUGAAAGGUACAGCUCUUCUCUUGACGGCCUGUUCUUUCGGAGCCCUGGCAGUAGCAGAGAAGAAAAUGUUUGAUGCAUUAAGUUAUAAAAUCAUUGAAGUUGAAGAAAAGGAAGUUUUUAGAGGCAAUGCGUGGAAACUGAAAAUUCACCCUCUGCAAAUGACACACUCCUCCACUGCAAGCAUUAUGAUAAAGAAUGAAUUGACUUUAGGAACCCCCGCUGAGAUCACCAUUGCAGGCUGUGUGAAACAAGUAAAUGAAAUCUAUGGUCAGCUCCUUGAGUUCUUGGAAAACAAUAUGAAAUUUGAAAGACUGGUUGAAAUUGAAUCGGUUGUGAUUAUUAAGUACUUAAGGGCAGACAAGAAUCUGUUCUGGGCAGAGAUAAGGAAGGCCAAUGUGCAGGCAAGUUUUAAGCUGAAAGACGAACCAAAAGGCAUUUUACUAACUGGCUCCAAGAGUAAAGUUCUAGAGUGCAUGAACAUGGUCAAACAAAUCCGGGAUUCAGUCUGCAUUAAAAGGUUCCAGAUUGAUAAGCCUGGUGCUAGGCACUUCUUCCAGGACAAAGCAUCCUAUUACAAAAGUGAGAUCUACCGCCUGUAUGGAUGCAUCAUUGAGCUCCAGGAGGGUGCAGAGAAGGACAAAGGCAGCCUUGAUGAGCAGAAGUGCCUCUUACAGAAGGACAUAGCCCCUGGAGUCACGCUGAUUGUACAGCAGGGAGACCUGACUCGGUUCCCUGCUGAUGUGGUAGUGAAUGCGGCAAAUGAGAAUUUGAAACACCUUGGUGGUCUGGCCCUCGCUCUUUCAAAUGCAGCUGGCCCUGAACUUCAAGCAGAAUGUGACAAAAUAGUGAGAAAGAAUGGCAUGGUCCUACCUGGCAUUGCCGUUAUCUCAAAACCAGGCAAGCUCCCUUGCCAAUAUGUUGUCCACGCAGUAGGGCCUCGGUGGAACAGAAAUAAGGCCCAGGAGUGCGUGAGACUAUUAAAGAGAGCUGUGGAACGAAGUCUCACCUUAGCUGAGUUCGUCAAGUGUCACUCCAUAGCCAUGCCAGCUAUCAGCUCUGGAAUCUUUGACUUUCCCUUAGACCUGUGUGUGGCCACCAUUGUUUCAGCCAUCAAAGACUACUUCCAACGCAAGCUAGACAGGCGCACCUUGAAAAAGAUUUAUCUGGUGGACAUAUCUGCAAAGGUUGCUGGGGCCUUUGCUGAAGCUGUAGAAACUACAUAUAAAGCCACCCUCUCCCAUGCAGCUUCGCCAUUCAGUUUAAAAGCAUUAAAAUCAGUGCCACCUGGGAAAACAUCGCAGACACCACAGACACAGGACUAUGUGCUGGUGUCCCCAGAAGGCCUGAAAAUCCGACUGAUGAAAGAAGGUAUUCAGAAUGCCAAGACCCAUGUGGUUGUCAACUCCAUUCCCUCGGAUCUUGCACUCAACAAUGGACCCCUUUCUAAGGCCUUACUGGAAAAGGCCGGGCCAGAACUCCAGAAGGAACUGAAUGAAGCAGGACAAGGGGUCUCUGUCAAGGCAGGCACAAUUCUACAAACCAGUGGCUGUAACCUGAACUGCCACCUUGUAUUUCAUGUGGUCGUUCCACAGUGGAAAGUGAACGACACUGCAUCGUCACUGAAGAUCAUGAAAAACAUCAUCAGAGACUGUCUAGGAACCACGGAGGCACUGUCUCUGCAAUCAAUUGGAUUUCCAGCAAUAGGAACAGGAAAUCUGGGGUUUCCUAAACCCGAAUUUGCUAAACUGAUAAUUUCAGAAGUGCUCAAAUUUAGUAGCAAGAACCACCUGAAAACUUUACAGGAAGUUCAGUUUCUUCUGCACCCGAAGGACAUCGAAAGCAUUCAGGCAUUUGCUAAUGAAUUUGACAAAAGGAGUCAUGGAAAUCCAAGUGACACACAAGGGUUUUAUGGGACUCUCUCCAGUCCUACAUUAGGAGUGCAUGAAAUGAAUAUUGGCCCGAUCCUCUUCCAAGUGGCCACGGGGGACAUCACCAAAGAAGCGGCAGAUGUGAUUGUCAAUUCAACAUCAAACACAUUUACUCUUAAAUCAGGAGUCUCCAAAGCAAUUUUGGAGGGUGCAGGACCAAGUGUGGAGAAGGAAUGUUCUGUCUUGGCUCAGCAGAACAGUGAGUACAUAGUUACUAAAGGUGGAUCACUGAGAUGCAAGAGUAUUAUUCACGUUGAUGGUGGGAACGAUGUGAAGAGAUCAGUUUCCUGUGUUUUGAAAGAAUGUGAACAACGGAACUACUCAUCCAUUUGCCUACCAGUCAUUGGCACAGGAAGUGCUCAACAAAACCCAGAUGCAGUUGCUAAAGCCACAAUGGAUGCCAUUGAAGAAUUUAUCCAGAAAACAUCAGUGCAGGCUGUGAAGAAAGUCAAAGUUGUUAUCUUCCAGCCUCAUAUCCUGAGUGUUUUUUAUGACAACAUGAAAGACAGAGAAGGCUCCCCGGCUCCUCCCCAGCCGUCUCUAGUGUCUAAGAUCACCUCCUUUUUUGGCUUUUCAAAGCCCACGCCCCCCAAACAGAACACCCUGCUUUUGGAGAAGAAAAUAGAGCAAACAGUUUUCCAGGUAUGUGGCAUAGAUGAAGACAGUGUGGAACGCACGAUCUCCUGGAUACAGAAUCUGAUCACCCAGGAGCAGCAUUCCUAUCGCAGUGACGAUGAGUGUGUCAGAGACUUUGGUGAGAAGGAGUACAAGAAGCUGAAUGAGCUGCAGGAGAGGCUGAAUAUCGUCAUUGAGCUGGACCAGAAGGCACCUUUGAUUAAAGUUGCAGGAAUUAGCAGAGAUGUGAUAGGAGCUAGAGAUGAGAUUGAAAACCUGAUCAAGAGCAUCCGAUUGGUUAAAGAGAAGGAAAGCCAGGCAGACUAUGUCCUCACAUUUGUGGAAUGGCGAUAUAUUGUCAACAACGUCAUAUACUGUUUUGACAAAAUAGCUACCGUUCAGUUGGAGGACGCACGGCAGGCAAAGCAGACGAGCACUGUUGUCAAAAUUAAUAAUCGGGACUUCACUGUGAACUUGAAGACGAACACGGCCACAGGCCCUCAAGGACAGAGUGUCACAGUUCAGCGCAUCCUAAAAGAUGAAGCUGAAAUCCCUUCAAAUUGGUGUGACAUGGGGCUGAGGGAAUUGCUUGAGGUCAGUCUGCAAACCAGUACUUCUGAGUAUUUCAUGGUGGCAAGCAAGUUCCGCCAGACCUGCCCAAACUUCGUCAUAUGUAAUAUUGAAAGGAUCCAGAAUCUAGCUCUCUGGAAAAAGUACCAGGCAAGCAAAACAGUCAUGGAUAGAAAGAAUGGCCAUGAAAGAAAUGAGAAACAACUCUUCCAUGGGACGGAGGCUAGCUCUGUUCCACAUGUCAACAACAAUGGAUUUAACCGCAGCUACGCUGGGAAGAAUGCCACGGCCUAUGGAAAGGGAACCUAUUUUGCUGUUAAUGCUUCCUAUUCAGCUAAUGAUACAUAUUCCAGACCAGAUGCCAACGGGAAGAAGUAUAUGUAUUAUGUGCGGGUUCUCACUGGGAACUAUGCAAAUGGAAACCCAUCACUGAUUGUGCCUCCCCCAAGGGACCCUCAAAAUCCUACUGAAUUGUACGACACCGUCACAGAUAAUGAUAAAAACCCAAGUUUGUUUGUAGUGUUCUAUGACAAUCAAGCAUACCCAGAGUACCUCAUCACCUUUAGGCGGUGACACUUCAGGGCACCUUCAUGCAUCUGCUGCAAGACAGAUUUUAGCAGUUUCCUACUUAUGCUGCCUCUAAGAGCACAAGGUCUUUCAUUGCCAUGGACAUGUUUCCUCAGCUGCUCCUCCACGGUGGAAAUGAAUCCACUUGAGAGCCAAUCUAAUUGAAAAUUUACAUCAGGUAACAGCUGAAGCCAUGCUAUCUCAGAUGUGACAGUAACACCAUCACGGACUUUCAGGACGCCACACAAUUCUGGCUGCCACCAGUGGAAUCGUGUCAGAGAGGCAGUGUGCUGUGGGUACACACAGUGUCACUGAGCCAGUAAGGCUGCCAACUGCAGCUGAACAGAUCCAGAGCAGAGAACCUGUUCCUUCACUAACAGCCCUGUGUCAUGUGGGCUGGACAGCUCCAGGCAGGGCUAUGUACAAAAUGGGUGCUGGCAGAUGGCGUGUGAUUGGCGUGAACUGAGCAUCAAGGAGGGGCAUUGCUCAGAAGCCAUGGCCCAAUUGCUAGAGGCCCUGGCAAUGUCAACUCCAGUGUUCUAGUACCACAUUGAAUGCAAUGUGAAUACUCCUGCUGUAUCUCCAGGGAAAGCCCUGUGAGAAUGAGUGAACGCCGAGGAGAUCUGCUAGCGUCUUUCCCAGGGCAGGCAAGCUUGUGAUGACUUCACAGCUUUGUGUGUAAGCCAAUUAGUCAGGCUGCUAACUCAGAGUCUUCUGGAUGGUAAUUCUUUCUUGUGGUACUGAGGACUGAACCCAGGGCUUCACACAUGCCAGGAAAGUCUCUACCACUGAGCUACACACCUCUUUACUUCUUAUGUUGAGGCAGGAUCUCGUUUAGUUGCACAGACUGCCUCUGAUAUCCUUCCAUAGCCUUGGCAGGCCUUGAACUCACUAUCUUCCUGCUUUGGCUACCUGUCAGAGGCCUGUGCCACCAGACCUGGCUAACUUUGUUCUUCUAAUUUUCUCCUGUCAAUUUCAGACUCAGUGCUGUUUAUUGAGUGCCUAGACUUGUAACAUGAGCGGCCAGGCUUGUUGGGGUUUCUGUCCCGCCUGGUACCCCACAGUCAGCAAGCCUCAAAGAAAAUCACACAGAGACAUCAGCCCUCAUUGUUACAAAUAGCACCCACGUGGAUAACUGCAUCCACAGAAAGCCUGAGAAAGCUUGGGAAAGACUAGAGUAAAGCAUUUUGAUUUUCAGUCAUUGCAGGAAAAAAGCUGUGCUGUUUUAAAAUGCCAGCUUUCUGGGCUGUCCUGCCAGGGAAAACUCUUACUCUUUCAAGCAGGAAGUCCAGACUGUGGAGCUAUGGACACACUCUUGCAGCUUGCUUCUUGGCAAGGACCUUGAAAUGCCAUAGGAGCUUUUGAGUGUUGUUUAUGACACACUGUUGCAGCUUGCUUGCUGACAAGGACCUUGAAACUCCAUAGAGUUGUGGCAAAAAAACAUGGCUACAGAUGGUGCCUCCACCAUGAGGGUGGAGUUUCAUAAAGCUAAGGAAGGGGCUGGAUCUAGUCGUCAAAGCCAUGGCUUUAAUCUUCUCCUUAUUCCUUAGCAAAUUAAAGA